AUGGGUGAGGUGACUCACCGAGGGACGCUUGGCAGCACAGAAAAUGAAGGAGACUCUGGCGGUCCAGAACCCUCACGCGUGCGAGGGACGUUAGGACGGGGCCCAUUAGGGCGGUUUAAGCUAAAGUUUGGGGGAACAACACGAGAGAUUGGCAACGGCGAACGGAGAGGCGGCGGCGUUGCGGCCCUGCGCGGCUGCCGGUCCGAUGAAGAAUUUGCGAAGAAUCGCGAAAGUUCCGGCGGCGGUGUACGGUCGCCAACCGGAUAUGCCUCAUCCAGCCUUUCACAUUCUCGGGAGGGCGACGGAGGAGGAGCGGGAGGUAAUCCGCUAGGCCAUGAAAUCGUCGCAAAUGCAUCAUGUCGACGGAUGGGUGUUGCUGUAAUUAUACACAUACGAAGCCAAAAAUUGCAGAGCGCUGACAAUGUGAGGAACGCGGCCCGAGAGUCAGUGAGAGAUUUGAUAGGCGCUGGUCUCGCAGCUCCGGACGGAGCCCCUGGCGGCAUGUCGACCUGUGAUACAGGCCAUGAGUACGACGAUGCGACGCGGAAGAUAUUGGGGGGGAAAAGCGAACGGGGAGCAAUGUGGACGGCACAUGCCAGUUUUUAUCCUCAAAGACAUGCUCCCGUAAACGCACGAGGAGAGCUGCAAGUGGCAAGUCGUAAUCCAGUUGGAGGGCGCAUGUGA